GUUCCUAGAAAAAAAAGAAGGUAAAGAGUUUCAAGAACCUAUAAAUAUAAUGGAUCGACAUUUUGUUGUCACAUGAAAGAGGGUUUUAUACCUUUUCAUUAGUAAUAAUAGGAUGUGGUCGUUACGUGGAUGUAGUUAGAGCGUCACCAUUGAUUUACUAUUUUUAUUAGUAGACCUACACACUCCAUUAGUUACUUCGUAUAACGCAUAACAAGAACGCAAACAUAAAUUACGAUGAAGUUUAUAACUUCAUAAUCAAUAUAUACACAAGCACACACAUAUAUAUACACAUAUAUGACUUUAUGGGAUGAGAUAAUGUGGAAGAAAUUCUUGAAGAACGUGCAGUAAAACACUCUACGCGAUAAUAAUAUCUAGAUGCACAUGUAUGGUCCAUAUGCAUGCAUGCUCUUUGAAAUUUUUCCUACGCGGAGCAUUAACUCGAUGUUUAGUGAGGGAAAAAGAAAAACAGAGAAGGACGUCACCGAAGGUCGAAGAAAGAGGCAUGAGGCGGUGACGGACAGUUAACGGCGUUUAGGGGAGGAAACGACAACUUAGGACGCCACAGUGUGUGUGAGGAGGGAGAGAGAGGGGGGGUAGGAGUAAUAGUGGACAGAAUUAAAGAUUUGUCUGUAUUCCGAAACAAGUCCGAAUGUUGGAAGCUAAGGAAGCAAAAAGCUUACACCUCAUGAAGCUCUCGAAUGGCGGCACCGCAUCCCCCACUCCUUUAACCUAGUUCCCCCCACUAUUUCUCCCCCAUCCUCUCAUUUUUCUCGUUCUUCAAUUCCACAGACAUAGACAUAUAUAUAACAGAGGAGGAUUUCUUUCCCUUUUUUUUUUUGGGUUUCUCUCGUGUUCUUUGGAGUUUUUUCCUUUAAAGGUUUUGGGAGGUGGGCAAUGGUUGUUUGAGGAAAUAAAAGUCGGGAUCUUUCUUGUGAAAACAGGAUGGUCUUUUCCUCUUUGUCUUCAAGUUUACGAGAAGAGGCAUUCGUUUGUCAAACUUGACCUUUUCCCCCCUUUUACUUCCUCCAUUUCUCUGCGCUUGUGUUUUUUUUUUCACACUUUGAUUUUGAGGGUUUUUUAGGCUUCUAGUUGUUGUUUGUGGUAAAAAGCUGGAACCUUGGGGAGAGGAAAAGGCUAGGUUUUUUUUUCCCAUUCCCAGGUUCAGUUACAGUGAGAAAUACAUAAAACAGAAGGGGUUCUGCCUUCUUUCUGUUUCCUUUCUGUUCUUGUGUGUUUUUUUCUGGGAGAUGAAUGGUUGUUAUUUGAGUGAAGAAAAGGUGAUAGCUUGAAGAGAAAAAGGUCGGUUUUUUUCCCAAAUCUUUUUUAGCGGAUUUGCAUGAGAUAAAGAGAGAUAUUUAGAUAGAUAGAAAGGGUUUUCAUGGGUUCAAGAGACGUGUUAGUUGGGGCAAGAGCAUAGCGUAGACAAGGUUUUGCUUCUGGGUUUGGAUUUGGAGUUCAAGAACACUCGCAUAAAGGCAUCAUGGUGCUUCCCCAUCACAGUACAUCAUCAUCAUUGUCAUCAUCAUCAUCAUCGUCCUUCUCUUCCUCGUCCUUCUGUUGCUGUUAUGAUGGAGGUAUUAGUAGCAGUACCGCUGGUGGUCCUUUGUUUUGUGCUUCAAACAGCCAGACAUUCACUCCUUGUCUCAGUAACAUGUUCUACCACGUCGGUUCCACUGGCGCUGCUUCAUCAACAGACCCUUUUUCUACUCUAACCUCUUCAGGGGAAACGGGAACAAUGAGUAUAAGUGAGAAGGCAUGUGCUUUCAGUGAAGCUCAGUUGCAAGAGUUUGAGAGGCAGAAGAGUAUAUAUAGCUGAAAAAGGCGGUACACUUCAAUUGGGGAUUGCUUCAAGUGCAAGCAACAGCAUGGAUCUGGAGCCAUGGCGGUGCCGAAGGACAGACGGGAAGAAAUGGCGGUGUUCAAGAAACGUCAUUCCUGAUCACAAGUACUGUGAAAGACACUCUCACAAAAACCGCCCCCGUUCAAGAAAGCAUGUGGAAUUACCUCCUCACACUGUCAAUCAUGGAACCUCCACCAUAGCCGCGGCCGCUAAGAACAAUACUACUGACCAGUUGGUUAGGACUUACCUUCAAAAUCCUAACUUUUACGGCCAACCCGAGACCCAAUUGGCUAUGUAUCCCCCUCUGGCCUCUGCUUCCUCUUCAUAUGAUCAACACAGGGGCUUGAGGUGGUUUAUGAAGGAUGAUGAUGCUUCUGUAAUGAAUUGUUCAACCCACGAAUUGGGUGAAAUGAUUCAGCUGAAGGUGGGAUCAAGCCAAGAACCCGGAAGAUCCAACGGCAACAGCCUCGGGUUCGAUCACAAUCUUAAUUUCGGACAGAAGGAACAGCUGGUAAGCCAGAGCUUCGGCUCGGUGGAGGGCCUUAUGAGUCUAAACCAGACACAUUCCCUAGAGACAAGGCACUUCAUUGACGCAUUUGCAAAUGAAGCAAUGGGAAGCUCCCUCUCACUGUCUAUGGCUGGAGAGGUAGAAGGCAACAGAAAUGAAGCAGUGGAUGGCUUGAUGGGUUCGAACCAUCAGCAGCAGUGGAUGUGCCACGAGGGGGGAUUGUCGUGGUUGGGGUCGCCGCCUGGUGGGCCGUUGGCUGAAGCCUUGUGCCUUGGCGUCUCGAGUAAUGGUAGCGGCUGCAGCAUCAGUAGUGCCACCACCAGUAGCUGCAGCAGAAGCUCAAACUGAAAAGACAAAAACUGUGGACUGGUCAGUGAAAGAGUUCAGAUGAUCUUCUUCUUAAAUACGUUUUACAGUUCUCAGUCAUUUUUAGAGAAACUGAAAUCUCUGGGUUCGGUGUUUUUGCCCAGUUGGGAUCUUAGGCUUUGUUCAAUCCGAUUUCUUGUUUUCUGAAACUGUUGUGUUCGUUGUCUCGUCCUCUGCUCUCUCUCUCUCUCUGAUGUACGUUGCGUUGAAAUUCUGAAAAUUUCUGCACCGGAAAACAGGGAAAACCCAAUGGAUC